AUAAUCGAGCGUGUUCCAUUUCACAUCGGAAAAAGAUUUCUAAGUUUCCAAAGUUAUGGAAAACAUUUGAGGAAGUUAAAAAUGCGUGAAUUUUUCCUGCUCUUAUUUGUUUUCAGCGAGUGUAUUUGCAUUCGACUUCAAACUACAACAGCAUCAGCAUUGUAUACGGAGUAUAUAGCGGGGGUUGAAGGAUACCCUGCCCUGCUACCCUGUGACGUCACUCCCCCACACCCUGACGAACUAGUGGCGCUUGUACUUUGGUACAGGGGGGAUGAGGGAGAACCAUUGUACAGCUAUGAUUCAAGACAGGGAGCAUGGAACAAGGGGCAAAGAUGGAGUGAUGAGAAACAGUUUGGAACCAGGGCACACCUUCAUCUCAGCACAUCUCCAGCAGAACUUAGAAUAGAAGAUAUUCAGACAGCUGAUGCUGGAAUCUACAGAUGUCGCGUAGAUUUUAAAUCUGCUCCAACCAGAAACUCUCUCGUAAACCUUACAGUCAUAGUGCCUCCCCGUGUACCGCAUGUAUUUGACGGUACGGGUCGGGAACUGGUGGAUACGGCUGGACCCUACCUACUAGGAACUGUUACGUCCCUGAAAUGUGUGGUGGACGGAGGUUCUCCUAAACCAGCUGUAACCUGGUGGAGGGAGGGUAGUUUAGUAGAUUCUAGUUGGGAGGAGGGCAGCACUGGAGAGAUUUACAAUAUUCUACAAAUCGGACCAUUAGAUAGGGAGGAUUUGGGAACAAUAUUAACCUGUCAGGGAUCCAACAACAACCAAUCUGUUCCAUCUUCGAGACAAAUUUCGUUGGAUAUGGUCUUUCCGCCAACAAAGCUUGCAAUAACAACUGCCAGACAACCGCUUUCUGCCGGUCAACAAUAUACGCUUGAUUGUGAGUCUCAAGGUUCAAGACCUCAUGCAGUUAUUACAUGGUGGAUGGGAGAGAGAUUUUUAGGUAAAACAGAACAGUCGGAUCGAGGAGAGGUCAGCAAAUCUCAGCUUAUUCUUAAUCCUAUGCCAGAACAAGACGGUCAACUCAUAACAUGCAGGGCUGAGAAUACGAAUAUGAGGAGUGGUGAGGGAGUGCUGGAGGAUACGUGGAACCUCGUAGUUUACUAUCCACCGAUAGUGAGGCUAAAAUUGGGCCAUAAGUUAGAUUCACAUAUUCUAGAGGAGGGAAGUGAUAUAUAUUUUGAGUGUGAAAUCAAGUCGAAUCCGCAGUACUAUAAAAUCCUCUGGUACCAUAAUACGAAGGUUCUAGAUCAAAAUAUUGAAGAUGGGAUUAUCCUCAGUGGUCAGAGUUUAGUUCUUCAACGAGUUGGGAGAGAGAGGAAAGGAAACUAUAGUUGUUUAGUUUCUAAUAUUGAAGGAGAUGCCCAGUCUAAUGUUUUUCAUCUUAGCAUCAAAUAUUCACCCAGAUGUAAUCACACUAAAAAGAUAUCUGUUGGAACUACACUAGGCACAUCUCUAAAGGUGAGAUGUGUUGUGGAUUCCUUCCCCCCGGCUCACUCCUUCACCUGGACCUUCAACAAUAGCAAGGAGAGUAUAAACGUGAAGGGGCAGGAUUUUGAGUUUAGAAACGGAUCUAGUAUACUAACCUACUCGGCUGUAUCAGACAGAGAUUUUGGGCAGCUGUAUUGCUGGGCUGCAAAUGAACGAGGACAGAUGAAAGAUCCCUGUAUAUUUAGUAUUAUACCUGCUGGACCCCCUCAACCCCCUUCUAGUUGUUCUAUACUCAACCAGACUACAGAUCUACUCCAGGUGGAAUGUAUUGCCGGGUUUGAUGGAGGUUUGGAUCAAACCUUUCUGUUGGAAUUGAUAGACUCUAAGUUGGACAAGUUGAUUGGUCGAGAUCUAGAACUGCGGAUUUAUGGAGUUAAUCAGAAUGGUCGGAGUAGACCUACAGUUCUAGAUGGAUUCAGGCUUAAAGUCGCAGAACUUCAGAUAGAUGCUGAUACACCCGUUCCAGUUGAGUUCACACCGUUCCUUGGUAUUUUGGCCGGGAUCCUUGUCACAUUGUUCCUUGCUGCCAUCAUCAUCAUUCUGAUCAUCAGGCGUAAAUACCGUAUGAAAGCUCCAACAAUAGGAGCAGUUCCAACAUCAGCUGAUGCUGAAGAAUACUAUCCGACACAAGAACCCGCAGCAAAAAUAUGCUAUUCAUCAAAACCUAAUUCCUACACCCCUGAUACCUACUACCCAGCACCCCAGCUUCAAUACCUCACACACUCUUCUUUGCAGGAACCUCAUGGACCAGAUAUCAUUCCAAGUAAAAAAGAUAUUUACAAGUUGAGUCAGGAUUCAAAUAGUUCAGUUUACGCAGGAACUUGUAGAAACAAUCAGGAUGCCGCGCAUUUUUCUCAUUCAAACCAAAUGCGGGAAAGGUCCACGUGGCAAUCAGCUGAUUACAACAUGUCUUCCCCUAACUCUGAAGUGAACACUGUAGACUUGAAACGACCGAAUAUUACGGUAAAUCCAAGUGAAAACCCAACAAGUUGGACUCCGCUCUUGCAUCUACAUCAAGAAAGUAUUUUGUAGAUAAAAAAUACAGAGAACAGUUAUGACAGAAAAAGUAUAUAUUAUAUUUAUAUCCAGAAUUGUUAUGAAACCAAUUUUUCUUCUUCCCUUUUAUUCGUCCUUGAAUCAUCCUCUAAGUAUUAAGACUUAAAACAUUCUUUAAAAAUUUCAAGAAUAAAAAAUCUUUAUAAUUUUCAAUAAAGAAUUGAG